AUGAAUGGAGCGGUGACGGGCAAUGGUGACGGAAGCUCCUUGAGGCGAUUUUAUUCAUACAAAAAUACCUUUGAUGAGAAUAGCGUUUGGUUGGAGAUCCCCAAACAAAUUACGUUUAGUGAAAAUUCCGAUCCGUUCGUGGAGGAAUAUGACCGCCCUAUCGCGUCAACCAGCGAUCCUGCUGCCAACCCACAACCUCUAACUUGGGAUGCUAAUGAUAAUUACCGUCAUCAAUCAUCACUAGAUGCCCAGACACAGGGUCUGGAGGCUCUCUCAGAGGCGGUAACCGGGGGACCUUAUCAUCACCUUCGCCCGAACUCUUCCCCCCCAGUCCAUCCGUCGACGAGUAGAAAUGAUAUUGUCAGUAAUCUUGCGAAUAAUACUGCCUCGAGUCAGACUGAACUGCCAGCUCCUCUGGCACUAACAGUUUCCGUAAACCCUACACGUCCAAGCAUGCCAGCUCCAACAUUCUCAUCCGCAUCAACAUCCUCCCCGAACAACAAUAUCAAUUUUAUACUCAACCCGUCAACAUCAAUGUUCUCCCCUAUCGACCCGAAUCUCCAGUCGUCUCCACCCCAUAGCAAAAUGGCACUCAGCGCUUCAACGCCAUCUGGGUCGAAAGAGUUGAUUUCAGGUCUAGGAGCUGAAGUGGGUGUAGAUGUUGAGUCUGACCGUAAGAUUGCAUUCUUGCUACAUCAUUUUUCAGAAGCUCCAGGACAAUGGCAACUGAUAUUUUUCAGGAUGGAUCUUUUUGAUUUUGGCGAAUAUUUCGCCUCCUACGUUCCUGUUAAAGCCAUCACUGAGCCCUUGCUAAAAUACGCCGCUUGCGCAUAUGAAGCUAAGCAGUUGGGGCGAGUGAAAGGCAAAAAGGCUAUUAUAGGAGGCAUAUGUGGUAGACAGUCCACAAUGGAAGUUUGGCCUGAUGCUGAGAAGAUUGACUGGUAUUAUCACGGUGCAAAAUAUUAUGAUAAAGCUAUCCAGCUUCUGAUGGAAGUUUUGCACCCGGAACCAGAGCUGUGUAGUGAUUCUAGUCGGUCUCAGAAACGGCAGGAGUAUCCAAAUAGCUGUCUAUCAAGCACACAUUCAGAUGAAGUACUUGCGGCAGCGGCAAUUCUAUCAGUUGGAGACAAGUCAUUGCUUGAUAUUGCAGAAGCUGGUAUGAUGCCAGUGGAGCAACUGGGGUUAGCAGGCGCACAAAAGCUAGGGCUCUCCAAGGCGCGGAAGGCGACGUUCUGGAGUUUCGCUCGUCAGGAUUAUUUAUCUGCUUUCAUUAACCAGUGCCAGACAAGGCUCAACACGGAAGAUUUGUUCCUUUGGACUGAAGCUGGCCUUCUGUUGGAUAAUGCUGGAUUUGUCCGGCCAAGUAAUACAACUGGUUCGGCAUAUCCAGAAGGAGAUGCCAUGAAAGAAGAUUUAAUAUCGAAUGCACUAAUCUGGAUUCUCUCGAAAGUUGUGAAUUUUAUAGCAACAGGUAACAACUUAAGCAGCACAAAGAAUGUCCAUGCCGAAUCUUCGUCCAUUGGUGUCUGGCGGCAAACUGCUUUUGAGGGAUGGGAUAGGCUUCAAACAGAACUCGGCAGAUGGUACAAUGGCUUACCGAACACGUUCAAACCUUGCGUCAGACUAGAGUCUUCUUAUCCGUCUUUCCAAGAUCCAAAUGAAGCGCCGUUACCUUGCCAGGAAGUGUGGUACAUCCUCCCCAUGUGUGGAUCAACAAUGCAGCAUUACCACAUGAAAUCGCCAGCGUCGAUCGGACGGAGCCAACUCUUCCGCCGCGCCACGUACGUUCCCGCUCGUCAGCCACCACCUCCUUCAUGCAUACAAGAGCUCAAUACUCUUAAGCAGCAUCUUGAAACUCUUCAGUCAUCACGUAACCCGCAUGAGAUGAUGGAUUGGGAACCCAUUCCGCCAGCGGACACUCAUCACCAGCAGCAGCAGGAACAGGGGCAGCCGCGGUGGAAGAUUUUAGACAUGUCCGACUCAGCCUCCUAG